AAAAUAUUUAACCAAAGAAUUUUUUUUUUUUGAGCACUAGUUGGUGCAUUCCCUAACAUUUUAAUUUCAAAAGACCGACAUAAAAAACCGUCGAUUUUAGGAUUUUCUCUCUUUAGCCUACUCUCGUCACUAAGAACUUUAGGCUUGGACCAUGGAAGACUCUGCUGGAGGCGCAUCAUUACGGUCGGGUCCCGACGGGAAGAAGCGGCGUGUGACAUACUUCUACGAGCCAACGAUCGGCGACUACUAUUACGGUCAGGGUCACCCGAUGAAACCCCACCGGAUUCGUAUGGCACACAAUCUCAUCAUCCAUUAUUCUCUCCACCGUCGGAUGGAGAUUAACCGUCCUUUCCCCGCCGGCCCCGACGACAUCCGUCGCUUUCACACCGAAGAGUAUGUGGACUUCCUCAACGCCGUUACCCCCGAUUCCAUCUCCGACCCCACUUAUUCUCGCCAUUUGAAGCGUUUCAAUGUCGGAGAGGAUUGCCCCGUGUUCGAUGGGCUUUUUGGUUUCUGCCAGGCCUCCGCUGGUGGCUCCAUUGGUGCCGCCGUUAAGUUGAAUAGAGGGGAUGCCGACAUCGCCAUCAAUUGGGCUGGUGGAUUGCAUCAUGCUAAGAAAAGCGAGGCUUCUGGGUUUUGCUAUGUUAAUGAUAUCGUGCUUGGGAUUCUUGAACUCCUGAAAUAUCACAGGCGUGUGCUGUAUGUAGAUAUUGAUGUUCAUCACGGUGAUGGUGUAGAGGAGGCAUUUUACACCACUGACAGAGUUAUGACUGUGUCUUUCCAUAAAUUUGGGGAUUUCUUCCCAGGGACUGGACACAUCAGGGAUGUUGGGGUGGGUAAUGGCAAAUACUAUGCUUUGAAUGUUCCCUUGAAUGAUGGGAUGGAUGAUGAGAGUUUUCGGGGUCUAUUUCGUCCUAUCAUCCAAAAGGUCAUGGAAGUGUAUCAGCCAGAUGCAGUUGUUCUUCAAUGUGGAGCAGAUUCAUUGUCUGGUGACAGAUUGGGUUGCUUCAACUUGUCUGUGAAGGGCCAUGCUGAUUGUCUUCGCUUUCUUAGAUCUUUCAAUGUUCCCCUAAUGGUCUUGGGUGGAGGAGGGUAUACUAUCCGCAAUGUUGCCCGAUGUUGGUGCUAUGAGACAGCUGUUGCAGUUGGGGUUGAGCCUGAUAAUAAGCUGCCUUAUAAUGAAUAUUAUGAGUAUUUUGGUCCAGAUUAUACACUUCAUGUUGAAGUGGGCAGCAUGGAGAACCUGAAUGCACCUAGAGAUAUGGAGAAGAUAAGGAACAUGCUAUUAGAGCAGCUUUCUAGAUUAUCUCAUGCACCCAGUGUACCUUUUCAAACAACACCAUCCACCAUCCAACCGCCCGAGGAGGCCGAGGAGGACAUGGAUGAAAGACCAAAACCUCGCAUAUGGAAUGGGGAUGAUUAUGAGUCAGAUCCUGAAGAGGAUGAGAAACCUCUACGCAGAUUCUCCAAUUCUGAUGUAAUUCAACCUACAACAGAUGUUGAUAUGAGGGAGGUAUCACAAGAUUUGAAAGAAGUGAAAGCAGAAGAACAACCACCGGCAUCUUGACAGUGAAGGAUUGGUUGUACUUCAUCUUGGUGUCUGUAUACUUUGAAGUUGGGCAUUUUUUGACGUUACUAGCAAGCAAUUCUUUGAUCCAUUAGGCUAGGAAAGUUAGGUAAUUUAGGUCCCUCUUGUUUGGCACAAUGUGUCAGAAGAAUCAAAGAGGCAAUGGAUACAAUGGCAGUAGAGUAUCAAUAUAAGACUAAAUGGCUCAAGUAAAGCUGGUUUUAUUUUGCCCUAAACGUUUGAUUAGUUAUUUACUUCAUAGUCUCUGGUGAUGAGUAACUGAAAUUGAACAGAA